GGACCUUCUGACCCGGGUCAGUGUGGCUCUGAAGGUGGAGUCAGCCCAGCAGCCCAAACAGGUCCUCAAGAUGGAGGUUGCUGUGCUCAAGAAACUACAGGGCAAGGACCACAUCUGCCGCUUCGUGGGCUGUGGGAGAAACGACCGCUUUAACUAUGUGGUGAUGGAGCUCCAGGGCCGUAACCUGGCCGACCUGAGGAGGAGCAUGUCCAGAGGAACCUUCUCCAUCAGCACCACCCUGAGGCUGGGCCGACAGAUCCUCCAGGCCAUCGAGAGCAUUCACUCUGUGGGCUUCCUGCAUCGAGACAUCAAACCGUCAAAUUUUGCCAUGGGCAGGUUCCCUAGCACCUGUCGCACCUGUUACAUGCUGGACUUUGGUUUGGCUCGACAGUUCACCAACUCCUGUCAGGAAGUGCGACCGCCUCGUCCAGUGGCAGGUUUCAGAGGAACUGUGAGAUACGCUUCAGUCAACGCUCACAAGAACAAGGAGAUGGGGCGUCAUGACGACCUGUGGUCCCUGUUCUACAUGCUGGUGGAGUUCCUGGUGGGACAGCUGCCCUGGAGGAAGAUCAAGGACAAAGAGCAUGUGGGGAAACUGAAGGAGACCUACGACCACCGUCUGAUGCUCAAACAUUUACCCGCCGAGUUUGGAGUUUUCCUCGAGCACAUCUCCAACCUCGACUAUUUCACCAAACCAGACUAUCAGUUGCUGAUGUCAGUGUUCGAUAACAGUAUGAAGACCUAUAACGUGGUGGAGAAUGAUCCGUACGACUGGGAGCGGACGGGCACAGACGGUUCUCUGACCAUCAGCACGGCGGCCACCACGCCCCAGCACCACACCAGACUCACCCCCGCGCACAUGGGAAUGGCGAAUGCGUCUCUUCUUCCUGGAGACCUGCUCAGGGAGAACACAGAGGAGGUGGUCCAGGACGAGCAGCUCAGUGACGGGGACAAUCCUCCAGAGCGCUCCCCUGUGCAGCAGCGCCCCCUGGAGGCCGACGUGUGGGAGGAGCUGGACCGCAACCGCAACAGAGUCCGGACCAAGACCGGGACAGAGGAUGAACACAGUAACAACCAGCUGCCCCCCGCUGCCCAGAGCCUGUACCCCACUCAAGGAGCUUCAUCUCCAGUCAAACUUCACCCAGAGGUGCCCCACGACAGAGACGCCCCUCUGCUCCGAAAACUACGAAAUAUACACAGUCUGGAGCAGGAGAAGAGGAGGAGCCUGGCCAGUCCGGACAGAUUCACCGACGGAGGCAGAGCAGAUAAUCUCCCGCAGAGGCCCGUGUCGGUGGAUCGCGUAUGGUUGUGCGAGGACGAGUUUUCCCCUAAAGCCGCUUCUCCGGCCUCCAUGGAGCAGGGCGAGGGGGGGCCCAGCAGCGGGGGCUUCGUGGCCCUGAACCUGAGCUCCGUGCAGGGGGACGUGGACUCCAGGGAGUGGGUGAUGGUGGAGAGACCCAGCCGAGGUGCUUCUCCUGCGGGUAAAGUGACCUCCAGCCCCUCCGAGGAAGACGAGGAGGAGGCGGAGGAACUGCAGCCUGAAGAGAGAGCACCGGGCUGGGCCAAGGAGAGCCGGCAGACUCCUAGUCCUGGAAAAGCGGCGGCAGAGAGUCCUGUGGGCUCUGGGGCCAGUGUGAAGGACAAACUGGAGCUGAACAUGGGGGCUGGAGCUCUGCCUGCAGUGACCCCCACCAGCCCAGGGGAGGCGCUAGCAGAGGGCAUGCUCACACAGCAGCCAGUCUCUCCUCCCUCUCUCCCUGAAGAGCUCCUCCCGUCUCCUCCUCUCCUCACCUCUCUGUCCGACCCACUCCUCUGCGCCCACGUCCCAGGCCUCCCCCGCAGUCACUCCACCCCCACCCCAGGCUCCGCCCACAGCCCCCCCGGCACCGCACGCUCCCCCCGAAAACUGCCUCCUGUCCCACACGGAGCCGCCAAGUUCCCCUCAGUCAUUCGCAUCACCAGGGCACAACUCCAACAGCUCACAGCCGGCUCAGACAGCGCCCCCCAGUGCCUCAAUUUGGAGAAACACGCCGACGUUGAAUCUCCUGAACUGUCCUCUCCACGUGACCGAGCCAAAAAUGAACCUCCAACUGAAAGUACGGUGCAAAAGGAGGGACAAAGUACAGCUCAGAGUCCAGUCAGGAGCAGGGUGACCUCCCCUCGCUCUCCUCUGUCUCCUCCCAAAUCUCCACACAGUCCCGUCAAAGAUAUUAACGCCAAUGGGCUGGCUCCAGCGCCGAAAGACGCUCAAACUGACUGCAAAGAUGUGAAAAAGAGUGAUUUAUCAACACCGGAAAAACCCAGAAGUCCGCUUUCAUACUCUCCUGUCCCAGUGAGGAAAGACCCACAUCACAGACAAAGCCGAAUCCCCAUUUUAGAACCUUCUAGUCUGUUUGAAGUAGCAGCUCCAGGUUCUGCGAAAGAAAAACUCCUCCAAAAGAAAGCAACGCAUUUCAACAAUAAUGUCCCAUCUCCCACCGCCUCUCCAUCUCUGUCCGAUCGCAGAGCUCAAAUCGUGGCUUCUCUGGUUCCCCGGGACCCCCUCUCCUCCGGCUCAGAUCGGUCCCAGGACGAGGACUCUUUGCUGGGCUCGCGUUCGGACCGUCAGGGAGAUGAAGCUCCGUCUCUGUCCUCCUCCUCCAGCCCCCUGUCGCGGAAGAGUCGUAUCCCGCGCCCGGUGAGCUCGGCCGGGUCGUCCACGGAGCAGAUCCCCGGGCAGUUCACCCCCAGACCUCCACCGGGGAAACCGCCCACGCGCACCACAGCGGAGAGCAGAAUGCGGCGUUUCCGUAUCCGUACGUCCAGCACUUCCGACGCGGAGCUGCUGUCGUGUCUGGCUCAGCUGGUCCACGGCUCCAGCAGAGGGGGCCAGUGUCUGCGCUCGUCCGGCCCCAUCGGAGGCUCUCGCUCUGGGCUGUGCAGUCUGAACACGUCCCCUCUGCACCACCAUCACCACCACCACCACCGGAGCUCCUCGGCCUCCCCGCGAAGCACGUCGUCCCUGCAGCGCUCGGUCAGCUCCUCCCCCUCUCGCCCCGGGAUGAACCGAAGUCACUCCCCUCCCAGUUUCUCCGGGUCUCCUCCGAGUCGCAGGUUCUAUCCCCACCACCCGGAAAACUGCUGUGGGCGUCAGGCGAGGUCGGGUCUGUUUCACCCGCAGAGAGGGAAAGCAUGCUCCAAAGAGGGCAAGUGCUCCUCCAAGCUAAGCAGAUAGUUACGAUAAAAACUACAGCUACGCCACUCCUGCUUUUUUUAUUGAUUCUUGGGGGUUUGAGUUUUUUCUUUCAAUAUCCAAUACUGCACUGUGUAACUUUUCUUUUGGGGGUGCGUCACGUAAAUUGAGAAUACAAAUUAAUUUUGCUUUAAAAAGACAGUGUAUAACAAUU